AUGGCUGAAUUGUCUGUCUUUGCUACUUCAAUACUCACAAAGGUCACCACAUUUGCUGUUGAAUAUGCUAUCAACGACAUUAAACUUGCAUGCAAUGUAAGGAGUGAGCUGGAAAAGUUGAAAAACUCAUUGGGAGCUAUCUGUGCUGUUCUUAAAGAUGCUGAAAGGAAACAAUGUACAACUAGUUCGGUUAAACACUGGCUGGAAAAUCUCAAAGAUUUUGUCUAUGACAUUGAUGAUGUUCUCGACGACGUCGGGACACGAGCAUUGCAGCAGAAAGUUGGAAAAGGUGAAAUCCGAACUUACCUUGCUCAACUAUUCAUCUUUCCUUUUGAACUGGCAAGAAAUAUAAGAAAGGUUCGUGAGAGGCUAAAUGAAAUAGCUGCACUUAGAAGAAAUUUUGAUUUGAAAGAAGAACCAAUAGACACACCUUCAGAUCGAAUUGUCCAGAGAGAAACAUACUCCAUUGUAGAUGAGCGAAAGAUUGUUGGAAGAGAUAAAGCUAAAAUUGAUAUUGUGAAGGUGAUUUCAGAAGCUGCUGAAUCUAAAUCUGAUACCCUGUCAGUACUUCCACUGAUUGGAAUGGGAGGUGUAGGCAAGACUGCCCUAGCAAAACUGGUAUUUAAUGAUAAAAGAACCAAAGAAAAGUUUGAUAAGACUCUAUGGGCAUGUGUGUCUAAUGUGUCUGAUCUUAACCAUAUCGUAGAUGUAAUCAUACAAUCAGACAGCGGUGAAAGCAAUAAGCAAUUAACACUAGAAGCACUGCAAAAGAAGCUGCAAGAGCUUUUAGGAGAUAAGAGAUAUUUGCUAGUGCUAGAUGACAUAUCAAAUGACAACAUUAGUGUUUGGGAAGAACUGAUGAACUUGCUACCAUGUGCUAAAAGUGGAAGCAUGAUUUUAAUCACCACACGUCUUUCAAAAAUUGCAUCAGUGUUGAAGACCAUAGGACCAUAUGAGGUACCAAAACUUCCACAUGAUGAAUGCAUGAAAGUAUUUGCUCGAUAUGCUUUCAAAGGAGAGAAGGCAAAGGAUACUGCACUGCUGAAAAUUGGAGAAUCCAUUGUACAGAAAUGUGAUGGCCUUCCUUUGGCAGCUAGGACAUUGGGAUCCCUGUUGUUCAUGGAAGAUAUUUCUAAGUGGCAAGAGAGAACUUCUGAUAAUGUAUUGGGUGGCAAUGGGUCUGUUGAGUACAGCUGGUGGAAGUAG